AUGCAGUCCGCCGACGACGCAAUGGUGUCUCCUUCACCUUCCCCCGGGGCCCAGUCGACCCCCACCCCUACCCAUGGAUCCGCUCCUCGCCGACCCCCUCGCAAGAGCACCCUCACUCAGCAGCAGAGGAACCAAAAGAGACAGCGCGCCACCCAGGACCAACUGGUUACCCUCGAAGUCGAGUUCAACAAGAACCCAACUCCUACUGCUGCAACCCGUGAGAGGAUAGCAUCCGAAAUCAACAUGACGGAACGAUCAGUGCAGAUUUGGUUCCAGAACAGACGCGCAAAGAUUAAGAACAUUGCGAAGAAGAGCAUCGAGAACGGAGAUGACUGCAACGACAUUCCCGAGUCGAUGCGGAGAUACCUCGCACUGCAGGCCAUGGAAUCGGGAAAGUCAAUCGGAACCAGCUUCCUUGGCCGCACCGGUGGUAUGCCCUACGGCAGCGGCAUGCUCCUCAACACUGACACCAACUCCUCAAAAGUUGUCAUUCACCACUUUGCUUGCCGCUCUCUUAGCAUCGGAAACUGGAGACGUGUUGGCCAGAGCGCCAUGGACCUGGUCAUUUUCUACUCACCAGAAAAGUGCUGCAUUACAUACUACAUCAACAACGACUCCGCCGGCUACAAGAUUGAGUACCCAUUCGCGUACAUCAAGAACAUCAGCCUGGAGAAUGGUGAUAUGACAGCUAACGCCGAGGGCGCUUCGCAACGACCAGGAGGUCUCGUUGUUGAGCUCAACCGGCCACCAAACUUCUUCAUGGACUCUUCUGGGUCCGGAGGCUUCUUCCAAUGCGGCGAUUUCACAGAGGACCAGCAGGCAUCGAACAUCUUUGUGCACCAUCUCGGUGGUCACCCCAAAGUGCUCAGUGGCCAAUUGGCGAAACUCGUCUCGUUGGAGUCGUUUCAGAACCGACACAACAUGUACGACCCAAACACUCUUGCAGUCUCGGCACCCGUCUCGCCUAUCGCCCACCGACCUGCAUCGCAACCCAAUCAUCUCGUACAUCCUCACAUGGGCAUGUUUCACGACUCGCAUCUUGCGCCUGGUCCAUUCCCACAGCGUGGUCACAAGCGUCAACGCAGUCGCUCGGUGCCUGUUGCUAUUGACUUUUCUAUGAUUCGCCAGCCGAUGCCCUCAUUCAUGAUCCAGCCUGAGCACUCACCGUACAUGCCAAGUCCCGAGAUUUAUGCACCUGUUCCCCAGAGUGCAGGUCCCAUGGGAUCGCAUCUCAGUAUUGACACUUCUGCGGGCUACGGCAUGGACUACAGGCAGUACCCCAUGUCGGCCACCACCGCUAACUCUCCAUCCGAGUACGGCACACCCGCUUUCUUCACAUCUGGGCCGUCCAACGACAACAUCCCCGCAUCGAAUUUUGGUCAACAGUACAACAUCCCCCCGUAUGUGCACACGCCAAUGGGCCCACCUCCCCAUUCUGCUGCCGCCACUUCGCCGAUGCCACAAAUGGGCCACCAGGACCCCAUCAUUGCGAACCAGUCUCCACCUCUGAGCUCAUUCGGACGAGAUGCGCAUGCCGACGUCUACCCAAUGUCACAUGAGCACGGCAUGUCAGACGAAGCACUGCAAAUGACUGACAUGUACGCGAAGCAAAGUCUCAACCUUCCCUUCCACUCGCCUUUGAUGGAGGAGAAUGUUGAUGACUUGGACAUGCAGAACAUGGUAUCUUUCGGCACAAUAGAUCCGUCCAGCCUGUCGCCUGAACAUCAUCAAAUGUAG